AUGAUGCGAAAUGGCACGAGAAUCCAUGCCUUUACAAGGCAGUUUGUCGUCCCCACGUUGCCUGUCACUUCAGCACGACACCUCUCUACAUCAACAACCCCGGUGACUUCUGCGACGCGAGAUCACAAGGUCGUUGUAGUGGGAGGCGGUACGGCCGGCCUGACUAUCAGUCACCAACUUCUCCGGUCGGGCAGGUUCGCACAAGAUGAGAUUGCUGUCAUCGACCCGGCAACAUGGCACCACUACCAACCUGGAUGGACUCUGGUGGGCGGUGGCCUGAAGACCAAGGAGGAGCUACGACGCCCGCUAGGCGAUCUGGUCAGCCCGAAACUGAGAUACUACAAUCAGCCCGUCUCGACAUUUUCGCCGGAGGACAAUCUUGUCACACUGGGCAACGGAGACAAGAUCGGAUACAGCCAGCUUGUCGUUGCGCCGGGCAUCAAGAUCGACUAUAAGAGCAUCAAGGGGUUGCCCGAUGCUCUUGCAGACCCUAGCUCUCUCGUAUCAACCAUAUAUGGCUACGAGACCUGUGACAAGGUCUUUCAAACCAUUGAAAAGCUCAAAAGGGGCACAGCCAUUUUUACCCAACCUACCGGGGUGAUCAAGUGCGCCGGAGCACCGCAGAAAGUGAUGUGGCUUGCGUGGGACUACUGGAGGCGUGCAGGCUUGUACAAUCCGACGGGUGAUUCACCGAUCAAGAUCGGAUUUGCAACUGGUCUCCCUACGAUGUUCGGCGUCCCCAAGUACAGCGUGGAGCUCGACAAGUUGCGGCAAGAGCGCGGCGUCGAAGCGUACUUCCAACACGACCUGGUCGCCAUUGACGGCAAUACCGCGACUUUCGCCCGGCCCGAUGGACAGGAACAGGUCACGAAGAAGUUCGACUUGUUGCAUGUUGUGCCAAAGAUGGGACCUCACGCAUUCGUCAAGGACAGCGCUCUGGCAAACGAUGCAGGGUUCGUUGACGUGGAUGCCAGCACUACUCGCCACGUUAAAUACCCCAAUGUUUGGUCUGCCGGGGAUGCGUCCAGUAUGCCUACUUCAAAGACAGCGGCAGCAAUCACCUCACAAGCACCAGUGCUAGUCCACAACUUGCUAGUCACUAUGGAUGGAAAGGAUCCAAAUUCAUCCUACGACGGGUAUACGUCUUGUCCGCUGGUGACGGAGUACGGCAAAGUGCUCCUUGCUGAAUUCAAGUACGGUGGAGAGCCAAAAGAGACGUUCAGUUGGAUGGGAAUUGACCAGAAGACGCCUCGCCGUGCGUUCUAUCAUCUGAAGAAGGACUUCUUCCCAUGGGUGUACUACAAAUCGAUGGUCAAGGGGACUUGGGGCGGCCCCAAGGGCUGGAUCAAAUAA